UUCUUUCUGUACACGUCUGUCCCACCGAGUGCCCGGUUUGUCUUGACAAGUGUGCCGGAUCAAACACAGCGAGGCGUCUUUGACGUUCGGUGGAUCUUCAUCGUAAUGAGUCUGAGCACAAACGACCUCACAGAGCUCAUGGAGCUGUGGGAGGAGCUGAACCUGACCGCUGCCAACCACGACAACCUGUCCCACGUGGAGACGCUGCUGUGUUCAGGCGCUGUCAGCCACGCUGCCCUCCUCCACAUCCUGUCCAUCCUCUACAUCUUCAUCUUCCUGGUGGGCCUCACUGCCAACGCUCUCGUGAUCUGGGUCAACCUGCGCUCUGACAGCAGCUGCUACGAGACGCACCUGUACAUCUUGAACCUGGCUGUGGCUGACUUGUGCGUCGUGGUAACGCUGCCGGUCUGGGUGACUUCGCUGCUGCAGGAGGGUCGCUGGCCUUUCGGAGAGGCCGUCUGUAAACUCACCCACUUGGUCUUCUGCAUGAACCUGUUUGGCAGCAUGUUCUUUCUGACCUGCAUGAGCAUUGACCGCUACCUGUCCGUUGUGCUCCGUUCCAACACCCCCAACAGCCGCCGGAGGAAGGGGGUCCGACGUCUGAUCUGCAUUCUGGUUUGGCUGGCGGCUUUGGUGGCGUCCAUCCCUGAGAUCUACUUCCUCCAGGUAGUAAAGUCCACAAGUUACGACGGGGCCAUCUGCCGGCCAGUAUACCCCUCCACCAACCCAAGAGAGUGGAUGGUGGGCAUCCAGCUUAGCUUCUUCAUCCUUGGUUUUGCUGUUCCCUUCCCAGUCAUAGCUGUCAGCUACCUGCUCCUUGCAGCAGUGAUCACUCCCAGCUCAGACCAGGAGCGACACAUCAGCCGGAGGAUCAUCCUGUCUUACAUCGUGGUUUUUCUGGUGUGCUGGCUGCCGUUCCAUGCCGUUCUUCUGCUGGACACUCUGACUCUGCUCAGUGUGUUGCCCUUAAGCUGCCGGGUGGAGAACUUCCUUGAUGUGGCACUGCACCUAACACAGUGCUUCUCGCUGGUCCACUGCUGCGUCAACCCUAUCCUUUACAACUUUAUCAACAGAAAAUACCGCUAUGAUCUCAUGAAGAUCUUCAUCUUCAAGUAUUCAAACAAGACAGGACUUGCCAGGCUCAUGGACACCUCACAUAGCUCGGAGACAGAGUGCUCAGUUGUGACAAUGGACAACAACAUUCCAUCGUAAUCUCUGCAGAAAGAGGCUAAAUUACUUCUAAAUAGUUGCUGAUAAUUUACAUAUUUCCUUUUUGCCCUGCUCCUGGAACUACAACCUCAUCACUUCUUCACAAGGGCCAUCAUGACCAUCUUCAAGAGCUUGAUCAGGUCAGGGUCAGAGCUAAUAA